UUCACGACUGAAGUGUCAUUUUAAUAGACUAGAGACCCGAACUGUCACUUCUGAGACAGAGAGACAGAGACAGAGACAGAGAGAGAGAGAGAGACUGACGACCGUGUGCGUGUGCGUGUGCGUGUGUGCGUGUGCGUGUGCGUGUGGCUGUCUAUCUAUAAAAGCGUACAGAUCGAUCAAUAGAUCUCUCUACUGGUCUAUCACCUGUAAACGCUGAACAACGUCUUCUCGUUCAUAAAACUGAAUAAAACACGCAUGCUAACGGAAAUUAUUAUUAUUAUUAUUAUUAUUAAUAUUUUGUAUAAUUGUCGGCAUUCUGCUGUGAGGGCGCAAUUCUAAUAUCGAUUAAUAGAUGCGUAUCUGUCGAUAUCGAUCGAUAUCUCUUUCCCUGGGAAUAUCUGUUAGGUUUUUUUUUCGUUUUUGAUUUAACGGAGGUAUUGUUUUGUUCUCUCUCUCUGUUCUGCACACGCUUGGAGUUAAUUUUGGUUUGAAAAGGAGUCGAAAGGAGAAUCUCUCUCUCUUCCACCCACGCAGCGUUUGAAGGAUUUUGAAAGAAGGGAUCGUGGGGGUUUUUGUGUUUUUUGUGGGUUUUUUUUUUUUUUUUUUUUUUUUGUUGCAAUCAGCAUCAAAAAUAAUAUGACGAAAUAAAGCGAGGAGCCGCCGGGACACAAGCGGACUCAGACGGUGAUUCAAAGAUGCUUGCGCCUCUAAGGAACACUGGGGAAGUCGUUUGCACGAGUACAGGGAUUCAAAAUCUACGCCAUGCCUCCCCUCUUUCUGUCGACUACACCACCCUUCAGCAAUUCCCCGCCCUCCUCCUCCUCCUCCCUUCCUUCUCGCUCCUCCUCCUCGCUCUCUGGCACUACAAGAACCAAAGCGGUCUCCCUAUCCCCUCGCGGACGCCCCUCUCGCCUUCUCCCAGCCCCCGAGACCCCCAGGACCCCCAGCGCUCCGCCCAGGAGAACCUCUUUCCUCCUCCUCUUGGCCUGCGCCUCGCUCCUGCUACCCGGCCCGCUCGGAUCAGCCCGGGCGGCAAUGCCCCCGUCCGGAGUGAAGUCUCCUUCCAGGCUGGCCAUCGCUGUGAUCCUCGUGGGCACCUCUAAAGAGGUGGCCCUGCGGGCGCCCCACGAAAAAGACGAUUUUCAGCACAUGGCCGUGACCCCCCGGGUGGAGCUUGUUACCAUGAACGAGACGGACCCCAAGAGCAUCAUCACCAGGAUUUGCGACCUCAUGUCCGACAAGAAGAUCCAGGGGGUGGUGUUUGGGGAUGACACAGACCAGGAGGCCAUCGCCCAAAUCCUGGACUUCAUCUCCGCCCAGACCCACAUGCCUAUACUAGGAAUACAGGGAGGGUCGUCUAUGAUCAUGGCAGCCAAGGAUGACAAUUCAAUGUUUUUCCAGUUUGGACCCUCUAUUGAACAGCAAGCCUCUGUGAUGCUCAAUAUAAUGGAGGAGUAUGAUUGGUACAUCUUCUCAAUCGUGACAACCUACUUUCCUGGCUACCAGGACUUCGUGAACAAGAUCCGCAGCACCAUUGACAACAGCUUCGUGGGCUGGGAGCUGGAGGAGGUCCUCCUGCUGGACAUGUCACUGGACGACGGCGACUCUAAGAUUCAGAACCAGCUGAAGAAGCUCCAGAGCCCCGUGAUCCUGCUCUACUGCACCAAGGAGGAGGCCACCCGCAUCUUCGACGUGGCCCGCUCCGUGGGGCUCACCGGGUACGGCUACACGUGGAUCGUGCCCAGCCUGGUGGCGGGGGACCCUGGUUCCGUCCCGCCCGAGUUCCCCCGGGCCCUCAUCUCGCUGUCCUACGACGAGUGGGACUACGACCUGCCCACGCGGGUCCGGGACGGCGUGGCGGUCAUCGCCAUGGCGGCGUCCACCAUGCUGCUGGACCACGGCUUCGUCCCAGAGCCUCGGAGCUCCUGCUACAGCGUGCAGGACAAGAGACAUUACCAGAGCAACCUGCUGAGCAGAUUCCUGAUGAAUGUUACAUUUGAAGGACGCAACUUGUCGUUCAGUGAGGAUGGUUAUCAAAUGCAUCCCAAACUGGUCAUCAUCUUACUGGGAAAGGAAAGCCAGUGGGAGAGGGUGGGGAAGUGGGAGAACGGUUCUCUGGCGAUGAAGUACCACGUGUGGCCUCGUUUCGACCUCUUCUCGGACGCGGAGGAGCGCGAGGACGACCACCUGAGCAUCGUGACUCUGGAGGAGGCGCCGUUCGUGAUCGUGGAAGACGUGGACCCCCUGAGCGGGACCUGCAUGAGGAACACGGUGCCCUGCCGAAAACAGAUGAAAAUCCAAAACACCACUGUGGACAGCGGGAUCUAUAUCAAGCGCUGCUGUAAGGGCUUCUGCAUCGACAUCCUGAAGAAGAUCGCCAGGACGGUCAAAUUCACCUACGACCUUUACCUCGUGACCAACGGCAAGCACGGCAAGAAGAUCAACGGGACCUGGAACGGACUGGUGGGAGAGGUUGUGUUCAAGCGCGCUCACAUGGCUGUGGGCUCCCUCACUAUCAAUGAGGAGAGGUCGGAGGUCAUCGACUUCUCCGUUCCGUUCAUCGAGACGGGGAUCAGCGUCAUGGUCUCCCGUAGCAACGGCACCGUCUCUCCCUCCGCCUUCCUGGAACCCUUCAGCGCUGAUGUCUGGGUGAUGAUGUUCGUGAUGCUCCUCCUCGUGUCGGCGGUCGCUGUUUUCGUUUUUGAGUAUUUCAGCCCCGUCGGGUACAACCGCUGCCUGGCAGACGGGAGGGAGCCGGGGGGCCCCUCCUUCACUAUCGGCAAGGCGAUCUGGCUGCUGUGGGGUCUCGUGUUCAACAACUCUGUGCCAGUGCAGAACCCCAAGGGCACCACCAGCAAGAUCAUGGUGUCGGUGUGGGCCUUCUUCGCCGUCAUCUUCCUCGCCAGCUACACCGCCAACCUGGCUGCCUUCAUGAUCCAGGAGGAGUACGUGGACCAGGUGUCAGGGCUGAGCGACAAGAAGUUUCAGAGGCCCAAUGACUUCUCGCCCCCGUUCCGUUUCGGGACGGUCCCGAACGGGAGCACGGAGAGGAACAUCCGGAACAACUACUUUGAAAUGCACUCGUACAUGGUGAAGUACAACCAGAGGAACGUGAACGAUGCCCUGCUGAGCCUCAAGACAGGGAAGCUUGAUGCUUUCAUCUACGACGCGGCCGUGCUGAAUUACAUGGCCGGGAGAGACGAGGGCUGCAAGCUGGUGACGAUCGGCUCAGGGAAGGUGUUCGCCUCCACCGGCUAUGGGAUUGGCAUCCAGAAAGAGUCGGGCUGGAAGAGACAGGUGGACCUGGCCAUACUGCAGCUCUUCGGAGACGGUGAGAUGGGAGAGCUGGAGGCCCUGUGGCUCACUGGGAUUUGUCAUCAUGAGAAGAACGAGGUGAUGAGCAGUCAGCUGGAUGUGGAUAACAUGGCCGGGGUGUUCUACAUGCUGGGGGCGGCCAUGGCGCUCAGCCUGGUCACCUUCGUCUGUGAGCAUCUCUUCUACUGGCAGCUGAGACACUGCUGCAUGGGGGUGUGCUCGGGCAAGCCUGGCUUCAUCUUCUCCAUCAGCAGGGAGAUCUACAGCUGUAUCCACGGGGUCCCGAUCGCUGACAACAAACCUGCCCUGGACUCCCCGUCAGCCACGAUGAAACUUGCCUUCUUGUGUGCGGGUGUGGUUGUGGACGAGGACGCAGACGAAGCGUGUCUGUUCUCGCGGACCGGUCGGACAGGGCCCCUAGUUUGCCCUCCCCCUACAGGGGGGCGCCCCCCCCUCCCCCCCCCCGGGGCCCGGGGGGCCCUGGACUUCGGGGGGGUCUACGAUGUCUGUGACCGCCGGCGAAGCUUCGGGGGGGCGUUGGGGCUCGGGGGCUGCCACUCCCCUCCCUUGCACCCGCCCCCUCCCCCUUACCUCCCCGAGGAGAACAUGUUCAGCGACUACAUCAGCGAGGUGGAGCGAACGUUCGGGAACCUGCACUUGAAAGACAGCAAUCUCUACCAGCAGCAGCAGCAGCAGCAGCAAGACCCUUAUCUGCAUCACCACAGCGGAGGGCUGGGGAUGGGUCCGGGCUUGGGCAUGCUGCCCUCGUUGCACCCCAGACCUCGCAGCCUGGGAAGCGGCAGCUCCCUGGACUUGUACGACUGCGACAGCUUGAGCGGGGUCCCCCCGGUUUUCACCACACAGCCCCGGGUGGCCCCGUCGCACCACGGCCGAGGAAACGGCAACAACAACCACAGGCCCCAGGACGGCCUCUUAUACGGGAAAUUCUCUUUCAAAGGGGGUCCGUUUUUCGGGGGCGGGGGCCAGCCGGCGCAGCAGCAUCAGCCGGACGACGGCGGCAACAUCCGCUCGGACGUGUCGGACAUCUCCACGCACACCGUGACUUACGGGAACCUGGAGGGCAACGCCGGGAGGAGGCGGAAGCAGCAGCAGUACAGGGACAGCCUGAAGAAAAGGCCGGCGUCGGCCAAGUCCAGGAGGGAGCUGGACGAGAUCGAGCUGGCCAUGAGGAGGAGGGGGGCGCCCGGUCACACCGGCUUGCUGAGGAGGUCGGGGGGAGCUGGGGGGGGCUCCCCGCCCUCGCACGAGAGGAGGAGAGGGGCGGGAGGUUUCGGGGAAUCGGCAUAUUUCUUCAAGGACAAGGAAGGGCUCCGGGAUUUUUACCUGGAUCAGUUCCGCUCCAAGGAGAACGCCCCGCACUGGGAACACGUGGACCUGACAGAUAUUUACAAGGAGCCUUCUCUGGGAUCUGGGAAUGGAGGGGGGGUGGGAGGCGGCGGGGGGGUGUCCGGGGGGAGUUUGGUCCCGGUAGAAGAUUUUCUUAAAAGCAAAGAGCAACCCUGGGAAAAAAAUUGCUGGAACUGCCCUGUGAAGCACAGCUCAGCGGUGGGUGGUUAUUCCGGGAUCGGGGGUAACAGCGGGGGCCCGUCCUCAUCCUCUUCCUUGAACCCCAGACCCAGUUCGGCCAGCUGCAUCCGCUGCGAGGCUUGCAAGAAAGCGGGAAACUUGUACGACAUCCGAGAGGAUAGCGCCUCCUCCCUCCUGCCCUUCUCUUCUUCCGGUCCUUCCUCGAAGUACCAGGGGGUGGGGGGAGGAGGGUCAGGGGGGGAUAAGGCCGCCACCCAACAGCGCAGGAAAAGCCAGGGCAAGCCUCUCCAGUCCCAGCUGCGGCGCCAACACUCCUACGACACCUUCGUCGACCUCCACAGAGACGACAGCCUCUCGGAGUCCGUUGUUGUGCACCCCCGCAGCGUCAGCCUGAAGGAUAAGGAGCGUUUCCCCGAGGGGAGCAGCCCGCCCUUCGCCCACAUUUUCGAUCGCGCCGGGGCCCCCCCACCGCCUCCCGCUCCCCAGACGGCUUCCGAGUCCUUUUUCGGCAGCAAAGGAGCAUUCUCUGGAGGUUUCGGGGGUCUGUUUCACCAAGAUCAGAGGAGGAAGACCAAGGACUAUCCCUUAAGCAAAUCUCUCUACCCGGACAGGGUCAACCAGAACCCCUUCAUCCCCACUUUCGGGGACGACCAAUGUCUCUUGCACGGGGCCAAAUCGUAUUAUUACAAGGAGCCCCAGCAGCAAGCAGGGCCUGUGGGGUUCCUCAAGGGGGGCAGGGGAGGAGAUUUUCAAGGUGCUCUGGGGGCGACGUCUUUCCUCCCCGCCACCGCGGCUGCUGGGGUCCUCUCGAAUGUGGUGCGAGGAGGGGGGCUGGGGUUCCCUAAAGAGGUCCCGGGAAUGAGUAACCAUCACUCUGGAGGGGGGGCGGGCGACGGUAAGAAUGGGGGGGUGACGGCCGGGCAGAGACCUUUCAACGGGGGGUCCAGUAAUGGACACGUCUACGAGAAGCUGUCGAGUAUUGAAUCCGACGUGUAGAGGGAGGGAGAGAGAGAGGAGAGGGGAGGAGAGGAGAGAGGAGAGAGGGGGAGAGGAAAGG